UAUUAGAACUAGAAGGUGAAUAAUGAAAAUAUCUAAAAGAGGUAAAUUGCUGAGAUCUGGAAAAUUGACGACCCGAGAGAGAGGCGUUUGCAUUUUGAAUUUUCUUUGUUCCGAGUAUCUCUACUCUACCAUGUCAGACGAGGAAAGACGAUUUCGGUGAUGAGAAUCACUUUGGGGAAGAGAAGAAGAUACAACAAGUUCAAUCCUAUGAUGCUACGGACUUAGAUGUGGAGUACGACUGAGAUAGCAAGACCGGCGAAAAAGGCCAUGAUGCUGACUGAUGACAGGUACAAAUCCUCUUUCUUUUCACAGGUAUGAGAAGAUGAAAGGGAGUGAGGAUAUUAUGGGGAGAAGAACUGUCGCUGGCAAGGUUGUUAAAGAAAGCUACGCUACUGCUAAACAGCUACACACUUUCACUGUUUUUUUUUUAUCAUAUGGAUGGAUCCAUUUUAUGCAGCUGCCCCUGCUUUAUUCUGGUUUUCAGUCCGAUAAAACUGACCAUCUCAUUUGUGUAUUUGCGGAAGAUUGAAGUCUUUUGGUGCGAGGGGAUGCAGAAAUUGCCUCCGUUGUACCCUUUACUAGUGAAAGGACGGAAUCUCUAUGGGCAGCGAUGGGCUAAUGAAGAAGACGUACAGGUUAAAGAUUCUUUCUCAAAAACAUUGCCGUGGUGCCGCAGCAAGAGAGGUUAUGAGAGAAAGGCAAAUAAAGUCAGGCUAUGUCCAUAAAGACAGCCGCAGUUUUCAAUGGCCGACAAAGCUAAUUUAUUGGGUAAACGAAAGGCGGAGGAUGGUUUGAAGACAGAACCGCUUCUGAGGAGGCAUAAGGAGAAAGAGACUAGGCAAGGAUUAGCUGAUAGUACUCUCAAAGGAACAGCAGGAGAGUUGUCGGAGACAAAGGCCGAUGAGUCUAAUUUAAUCUCAGAAAAGGAGGAGGAGGCAGUGGAAGAAAGACUUGAUGAAACUCCUGAGGAAUUUUCAAAGAUCCUCUUUGUUGCAAAUCUCUCUCCCCAAACAGAAACUUCAGCUAUCAUUGAUUUCUUCAAAGAUGUCGGACAAGUUGUUCGUGUUCGUCUUCUGCUCAACGCCCGGGGCAAGCAUGUGGGUUAUGGUUUUGUUGAAUUUGCUUCUUCUAACCAAGCAAAGAUGGCGCUGGAAAGGAAGAACCGUCAAUCUUUGCAUUGUAGCAAGAUUAUUCUAGAUGAAGCUCCCGAUUUUGUUGAGGAAGCUGCCGUACCAAUAAAGACUCUGUUUAUUGCCUCUUUCCCUCGCUAUUCAACUGAAAUAUCAGAUAUCAUCGACUUCUUCAAAGAUGUUGGACAAGUUGUUCGUGUUCGACUUGAUAUCAACGACAGAGGCAAGUUUGUUGGCUGUGGCUUUGUUGACUUUGCUUCUGCCAACCAGGCAAAUAAGGCCCUGCAAAAUAAGAACGGUGAAUAUUUGCACGAUCGCAAGAUUUUUCUUGCUGAUGGCAGUGGAGCUACUUUCAUUCCACCCAAGUUUUGUGUAGACCACAAGGUUUGGUACGAAGAAGAAGACUACCUUCAAGAAGAAAGCCUUCGGUUAGACUCUAUCCAAGAUGUGGCGGCGAUGGAAGAAGGACCUGACGAAACUCCCCAUUCUGCUAAUAAGGAAGUACUCCUUAUUGCCAAUCUUUCUCCCCAAACAACUAAAACAGAACAGAUCAUCCGUUUCUUCAAAGUUGUUGGAAGUGUUGUUUCUGUUCGCCUUAUUGUAGACCACGAGUGUAAGCAUGUGGGCUAUGGCUUUGUUGAAUUUGAUUCUUCUUACGAAGCAGAGAAGGCUCUGAAAGAGUUGAAUGGUGAAUAUUUGCAUGAUCACAAGAUUCUGUUGAUGAGAGGACUUGAUGAUGAAACUCCCCAUUCCGUUGAGGAAGCUGCCACUGUAAGAAAUAAGACGCUCUUUGUUUCCGGUCUCUCUCGCGAAACCAAAAUAUCAGAAAUCAUCAAUUUCUUUAAAGAUGUUGGAGAAGUUGUUCAUGUUCGACUUAUUGUAUUCCGCUGGGGUAACCUUCACGGGAAAGGCUUUGUUGAGUUUGCUUCUGCUAACGAGGCAAUGAAGGCGCUGGAAAAGAAAAACGGUGAAUAUUUGAAUGGUAGGGAUGUUUUCCUUGCUUAUUUUGAGACACCUCCAUACCACCGACGACCCAAGUAUUUCAUAGAUCACAAGGUUUGGUACCAAGACUACCUUCAACGAGAAAGCCUUGAGAUAAAAGAAGAUGUGGCGGCAGUUGAAAAAGGACUUGAUGAAACCCCCCAUUUUACUGAGGAAACUGUAAGAAAAAAGACGGUCUUUGUUGACGGACUCUCUUACAACACAAGCAUAUCAGAUAUCAUCAACUUCUUCAAAGAUGUUCGAGAAGAAAUUAUUCGUGUUCGAUUUAUUGUAGACGGCAGGGGUGACCAUGUGGGAUGUUGCUUUGUUGAGAUGGCUACUGCUAACGCAGCGAAGAAGGCAGUGCAGGAGAAUUAUAACACUAGCAAGUUUUUUGUUUACGCUGCUGAGAUAGCUGCUCCAUAUCCUUUCCAACCCAAGUACAAGCUUGCAGACCUUGCCGAGAAACUUUGGUAUGAAGAUAGCCUUUGCGAAAAAAGCCUUUUUGGUCAGAAGCCCAAACCCAUUCUGAGUAUAAAAAAGGUGAUGGAAUAUGGUUAUGGUAAGAAGACUACCUUCUCUGACGACGAGUGAAAGAAGAUGAAGAUGCUCUUCUAGGAUUUAUAACUUAUUUUAUAUGUAAUGCAAAUAUUUAUUUCAUCCCUAAAUACUCUGCUUUAGUUCGCCACUGCAAUGGUUUGGUUUCUUUUUUUAGUCGCUUGCAAAUAUUGAAGACCUAAUAUGUAAUUUAUUUGGCCUUAAAAACAAAGCGUGAUACCAAAUUUUCUUUA